CGGGGCUGCCCCGCGCGCCGCCUGAUUCGAAAGUCUCCCGCCGCCGCGGAGCCGCGACGGUGCGGGAGGCUCCGCAAUGUGGGUGAAGAGUGUCCCGGGUUCCACCGCGCAGCCUGCGCCCUCCGCGGGCCAGGCUUUCCCCCCGCUGUCUGAUGCGCUGCUCAGGCAGCGCGUCGGACGGCGGGGGAGGGGGGCCUGGCCCGUGGCGGGCGCGCAUGAGGGCGCCGCCGCCGCCGCGGGAUGCGGGUCUGGACGCGGUGCUGGACGUGGGCCCUGCGCUGAGCUCCCGCCCCGCCGCCAUGGGGGGCAGCGGGGCUGCCCCCGCCCUGCCCGAGCGCCUGCGCCUCCCCGUCUGCUUCCUCGGCGUCUUCGCCUGCUACUUCUACUACGGGAUCCUGCAGGAGAGCAUCACGCGAGGCCGAUACGGGGAAGGCACGAAGCAGGAGAAGUUCAAGUACGCCCUGACUCUGGUAUUCAUCCAGUGCGUGAUCAAUGCUGCCUUCGCCAGGCUCCUGAUCCGGUUUCUCGACCCAGUGAAGGCGGACCGCACACGGAGCUGGCUCUACGCUGCCUGCUCCCUCUCAUACCUGGGCGCCAUGGUUUCCAGCAACUCAGCUCUGCAGUUCGUCAGCUACCCGACACAGGUCCUGGGCAAAUCCUGUAAGCCCAUCCCAGUCAUGCUUUUAGGAGUGACGUUGCUGCGGAAGAAGUAUCCGCUGGCCAAGUAUCUCUGCGUGCUCUUGAUAGUGGCAGGCGUUGCCUUGUUCCUGUACAAGCCCCAGAAGGCGUCUGGGAGCGAGGAGCAUGUCUUUGGCUAUGGAGAACUCCUCCUGCUGCUGUCACUGACCUUGGACGGGCUGACAGGGGUCUCUCAGGACCACAUGAGAGCUCACUACCAGACAGGUUCCAACCACAUGAUGCUCAAUGUGAACCUGUGGUCCACCCUGUUCCUUGGGGCCGGGAUCCUGUUCACGGGCGAGCUCUGGGAGUUCCUGAGUUUUACUGAGCGCUAUCCCAGCAUCAUUUACAACAUCCUGCUCUUUGGCCUGACGAGCGCGCUGGGGCAGAGUUUUAUCUUCAUGACUGUGGUUUACUUUGGACCUCUGACCUGUUCCAUCAUUACCACAACCCGCAAGUUCUUCACCAUCCUUGCGUCCGUCAUCCUGUUUGCCAACCCCAUCAGCGCGUUGCAGUGGGUGGGGACAGUCCUGGUGUUCCUUGGCCUUGGACUCGAUGCCAAAUUUGGAAAGGGAGUCAAGAAGACAUCGCACUGAGGAAAUGAUUGAUCUCUGCAGCUGGAAUGAACUUUUAAUUUAUUGUCUCGUACCUCAAAAUCUGUUGUGGAACUGGACUCAGCACAGG